GCUGGUGAUGCCUCUCAUCUGUAAGGACAUGGUCGACCUGCUGGACUCUACAGGUUCCAACAGCAGCAGUCUGAACCACUCCAGCCUGUCCAACUAUGCCUUUCUCUACGGGGUGUUCCCCCCUGCUCCCAGCGUAGCCAUCUACGCAUCACAGUACAACAUGGAGCUGGACGUGGUGGCGUCAGGGAUGGUGAUCAGCAUGUGCCUGUCUGCCCCCAUCAUCCUCUCUGACCAUCCCCUGAUGAACCCCAAGCCACUGGUCUCUGAGCUGCAGAAUGUCAGCUUCAACAUCAACAUCGUCAGCCUCUCUCGCACUGAUGAAAGGCCAAUGAAGAAGGCAGACUUUGAUCCUGGUUUCAAUAUCUUAGUUGUGGUGUGGACCAUCGCUGUCAUUCUCCUCAGUAAGAAGUUCAAGAGGCUCCCACACAUGUUUUCUAUGAAUCUCUUCCUGGCACAGUUCCUAGUGUGUGUCGGUAUGAUCCUGUGGAACUUCGUAGUGAAGCAGGAGGACAUCUUGGGACAGGUGUUGACAUUCACACUGCUCUAUGGGUCACUCUACAGCACAUAUGUCUGGACUGGUCUCAUUCCUCUCUGUUUGGUUCUGACCAAGAAGGACAAUUUGCUGAGGAUUCCACCUUGGGUCUUCAUGGUCUUUGGCUGGGGCAUACCGUUCCUCAUCCUUGGAGGUCUGCUCCUGGCAGGUGAGAGGAGGCCUGAUACUAUAGACUCUGCCUUCCUCUAUGGCAGGGCUCAGAUCAUCAGUACUGCAGUAGUAGUCUCCUGCAGCAUCUUGGUAGGUGGUUUCUCUCUGAUGGGUCUCAGCCAGGGCACCAAGGAGAACCAGAACUACCAAGCCCUGGAGAGAGCCUCCAACACAGGUACUAUAGAGGACCUGAGGCCCCCUGGACACCAGGAGGACCAGACCCACUCACUGGAGCCCUCAGCACCAGAGACCAGCAACAACAGUGACUGUUGUAGCUGUACACAGCCCGUGCCCGACAUGAUCUACGGCGCCACCAGGAAGGACACUCCCACGUCUCUAACAGGCCAGUGUGGGGCGCUGUGUGAAACCCAGCAGCAGCGUAGUCCACCGGUCCAGGAUGACAGACAGCUGGUCAGACACGUCCUGUUGUGUCUACUCCUCAUAGUUUCCCUGCUGGCUAACCUGUCCAGUUGUCUAUGGUGGUUGUUCAACCAGGACCCUGGUAGACUGUACCUGGAGCUGCAGUUCUUCUGUGCUGUGGCCAACUAUGGACAGGGCUUCAUUUCGUUUGGUAUCUUUGGCCUGGACAGGCAUCUGAUCAUUCUGCCAUUCAAGAAGAGGUUAGUGAGCCUAUGGCAGGGCAGGGAGAGUGAGGAGGAGCCCCCCCCUGUGGUUCCAGAGGAGAUCAGGCUGACCUGCACUCAGUUUGUCCGCUAUCAUAAAGACCAGUGUGUUCAGGACAUAGUGUCCAUCAGAAGUGCUUCUGGGGAAAGCCUGAACCCUGGGACAGUGGCUGAAUCCUCCCUUUGAUACGCAGGUGUGAGGG